AUGGAGAGAGCAGCGGUGGCGUCGGCCCCUAGGAGUCCCUCAGCACCAGAAUGCAACAUCUCAACCUCCACCUUGGCCUUCGAGCAGCACUUUACCACAACUACCAAAGGACUUCUCCUCCUGGCUGAGAUAGUGUGUGGUAUGUUGGUGUGGAUCCUGGGGCACAGAUAUUUUCAUCUGUCUGCUCUCGGCUGGGUGAUGUUUGUUACCAUCUUGUGCUGGGUUCUGACCGUUGACCUGUUUGUAACUUACCUCACUGGAGCCCACAACAGGAUACCACAGGUCCCCUGGACUACACUGGUCCAGCCACAGAACACGGAACAGCAUACGAAUACGGAAUUCAAGUUCCGAAUACGAGUUCCAAAUACGGAAUACGAUUUCCGAAUACGGAAUUCGGAACACGAAACGGAACAGGGAUGA